UUACAACAUAGCGGUGAUUCGUCUGGAAGGUCAUGUUUCGGGUUUUCGAGAUUUUAGCAAUAAUUCUCUUGAAUGUAAUACAGUUCUAUUCCAUUUUUGACAUAUAUUUUACAUCUCCACUCACACAUGGCAUAAAUAUUGUGCCGCUGAAUAUUAGUGCUCCGGCAACUCACAUUAUUUUCAUGGUUUCCGACGGGCUUCGUGCUGACAAAAUCUUCAGUCAUGAUAUGGAAUACACUCCUUUCUUAAGGAAUGUUCUUCUGCAUCAUGGUUUGUGGGGUGUUUCACAUACAAGAGUCCCUACUGAAUCAAGACCUGCACAUGUGGCUAUGUUGGGUGGAUUCUACGAAGAUGUAGCUUCAAUAACUAAAGGAUGGAAAGUAAAUCCUAUGGAGUUUGAUUCUGUACUUAAUCGUUCUCUCCUAUCCUGGAUAUGGGGUUACAAAGAGGUUGUCAUGUCAUUCGUUUCUCCUUCUACACAUCAUAUCAAAGCAACUCCUUGCCCCGAUGAAUUAAGUGAUAUGGCUAAGACAAAUCUUACUGAAAUCGACCGAUGGGUUGUCAAUCAGUUUCUAGAUUUCAUUAAUUAUUCGGAUGAAUUUUUUAGUGAUCUUACUGCAACAUCUAGUGAUUACCGUCAAGGUCGCAUGGUAUUCCUACACUUGGAUGCAGCUGAUUUGGUUGGUCAUUCUUUUAAACCUAAUUCACCUGAAUACAUUGAAGUUCUUCGUAAUUUGGACAAGGUGGUCUCUCAAGUUUAUCAUGCGUUAACUGAAAAAUCUCGUGGAACUGGGUCACGUAUUGCUUAUAUCUUAACUUCAGAUCAUGGAAUGACUGAAUGGGGAAGUCAUGGGUCUGGUUCCUUUCAUGAAACAGUAACACCUUUGUUAAUUUGGGGUUCUGGCACUGUUGGGCCAGUGGAAAUAGAAACCAAUACGGAUAAUUUAUUAGCAAACAAAAAAGACAUGUAUGGUCUACCACUGCAUAAUUAUGGACGUCUUCGACGUGAAAUUCAACAGGCUGAUUUAUGCCCUUUAAUGGCUAGCCUUUUGGGUGUCCCGAUCCCAGUCAAUUCUAUAGGUCAAGUCCCUGUUGAAUUUUUGGAGGUUCCUGAACACGAUAAGGUGAAGUUAACGCGGGCGAACUGGCUUCAAAUAUAUGCGCAAUUAAAGGUUAAGUAUGUUGAAAAAAAGAAAUCUCAUUUCAGUAUUUUGUUCCGAGAAUUUCCAUUAAUAAAAAUGUCAGAUAUCGAUAAUAUGGAAAAUGAUUGUGAAUCUCUUAUUUCUGCUGGAAAAUAUUAUGAAGCAAUUCAGGAGUACAAACACUUAGCCAGUUUAGCUUUAAAAGGAUUAAACUAUUAUCAUAAAUAUGAUAGAUUAUACCUAGGAUUUUGUGUAUCGUCAACAUUCUGUUUAUGGAGUCUAGUGAUACUUUGUCGUUUAUUUAAUAGAGUUGAUAAUGUAAAGUAUAAAAACUAUGAAAAUCACGUAGAUAGUUUCUUUUGGACAUUGAUUAAUUGUAUUGCGAUUGGAUUCGGUUUAUUGGUUCUGUCUUUUGCUCAUUCCUGGGGAUUCGGACCGACUCUAUAUCAACUGGUUCCACUUAUCCUACUAUUAUCAUUAAGUUAUUCAAGAAUUCGUCGAAAACAAUUAUUAUCCUUGAUUUAUUAUUUAUGGAAUGAAUUAUUCACAGCAGACUCAUCAGUUUCAACUUUUUAUGCUGUUUCUUCAAUCAUAUUUGUUUCUACUUGUUUACUGGAACUACUUAUUUGGGGAUUUUUUCAUCGUUACCUAUUAUCUUUGGCAUGUUUGUUAUUUGCUUUAUGGCCUUACAUAGAUGUAUCAUUUAGACCAUAUGAAAAGUCAAUUCUUUCUCUAUGGUACAUUUCCUGUUGUUGUUUGGCUAUAUUUCCUCUGUUACCUGUCAUUGGAUCAAACAUGCAUCCAACAAUUGUAUUUAUAUCUGGUCUUAUUCUUACACCAAUAGGAUGUAUAUCCUUUUGGUCAGUAUCAAGUUGUCGAAAUCAUCUUGUUGUACGGCUUGGUUAUCUAUUUGGUUUUGUAAUUUGUCUUUCAAGUUUUGCUGUUUAUGCAAUGAGUUUCUCAAUAAUACGAUCUGGAAUAUUGAAAAUCGUUAUUCAUAUAUUUAGUUGGUCUGUGAUUAUUCUUCUACCAUUGUCGGUAAUCCUUCUAGUUCCAACACAUCUCGGACUUCGAAUGAUUGGAUGGACAGUUGUAUAUCUUGUCCCACUUUUACUAAUGAGCACCUAUUAUGAAGUUGCAUUCUUUGCUGUAUUCGCUGUAGUCACAUAUCUAUGGUUUUACAUAGAAACAACAUCAAUAACAUCAAUGUUAAAAGAUAAUAUCAGGAUUUGGGAUCUUGAAACAUCAGCUGACGUAAGCACUGAUUCCGCUGUUCAGAAUGAAUAUCGAUGCAGUGAAAAUCUGUUGAACUUGAAAAAUUUCCGUCAAUCACUUUUCUUUGUAUCCUUUUUACCGCUAUUCACUCUUUAAGGAAUACUCUCAGUAAAGAUGGUGUAAGAAAGUGAAAUUUUAUGGUUUUUCAUGACAUCGAUUAUAUUUAGAUGUUGAUUGUUACUGGUGUAAUGGAACUCAAUAGUAAGCUAUACAGUGACAUACUUAUCGUUUGAAGAUAGAUUAUACCAACAAUGGCAUUCAUUGUAAUACUGAAUAGCGAAAGACAUCACAAUAUUAUGUGCAUACAAUAAAAGUUAAAAAAAUCAACUUAAACCAAUUGUUUAGUAAGUAAGUUCCACAACACCCUUUUUUGCCAUUCCGAUUAUUUCAGCAUCAUUCUACAAACUGAGCUAUUUUCUUAAAUAAUAUGAAAAACAGAUAUUUCUAUUGAUAAUUGGAUUUUUUGGUACCGGUAAUAUCGCUAGUAUAAAUAGUUUUGACCCACGUUCAACAUUUUGCUUCACAACAGUAUUGAAUCCUGCUUUGAUGGCAAUUUUUUUGUUAAUUAAGGUAAUAUGUCCUAUGCUCUUUUUGGGUGUGAUCUUUGCAGCUAUCAAGUUAUUCAACAACAUUCCAAAAAAGUACUCAUCGUCUAUCAAGUUUACCAACAAUCAGGAAUCUAUCUUAAUGCAAACUGGUUUGACUGCAGUACUAUCUAACUUUAUAGCUAUCCAUUUUUUCGUAUGGUUGAAAGAUGAAGGUAGUUGGUUAGAUAUAGGGAUUAGUAUUAGUCAUUAUGUUAUUGCCAUGUCUAUCAGUUUGGCUGGAUUUCUUUUCAUUUUAUCGGGAAAGAAAAUGUUGAGUUCUUCAGUGAAUUUUAAUAUUCGUCAAAAAGUUUUGAGAGCAUUCAACCAACAGGUAUAAUAACUACCUUUAUGGUUACUUACUGAAAUUAUUAUGAUUUGAAAUGUGAAACUGGCUACUUUCUUAUUUUGUGUUUUAUUGUACAUAAAC